UCGACGUCGCGAUUCCAAACCUUCCGGAAGUGGGAAAACUCGCUAGCGAGAAGUUCAAAGUUCGAGUUUGCGGUUCGUCGUCGCGGAACAACUCGGUUUGUGUUAAAUGAUCACAUCAGAGAGAGAAAGGGAGAGGGUUGUUUUAUUGUGAUUUUCUUGUUUUUCUCUGGUCUGGUGUUGUGGGGAGUCGAGUCGGAAAAAUGAAAGCCGCCAGGAUGAUCUGUCGCUGGGGUGGAAUAUCUGCGAUAGGCGCAAUUUUCCGGCAAAUGGAGACAUAAGCCAUAGACUGCGGAUAUUUGAUGCUGGAAAAGCUUUGAAGAUUGUGAUUGAAGGGAGCAGCGUAAAGUGCGAGUACGUGAGAACCACGCCAGGAAUUGUGGGUGGUUUACCUAAUUUCAUUACGGGUCACGCGGCGAGAUUCUCCGGGAAUGCUGAUGGAUUAACCAACAACUUUUCCUUUGAAUUUUUUGUCUGGAAAGUUAUUGUCUGGAUGGUUCCAAAGGCAGGGAGAUUGUAAUAAUCUUGGUGGUCGUGCGGCUCAACAAGUAACAAGCCGCAGGGUCAUUUCCCAACAUUUUCCCCGCGUUGUUUCACAGGCUACUUAAGAAAUCUUUCCUUAGUACGUGGAGCACCAACGUAAGACAAUAUCUCUGACUCUGGAGAGAAGCUUCAAAUCAUGAAUAUUGUAUGUGUGCGAGUGUGCUUUUGUGUCCCACGUAAGCAACAAGGGAACAAAUGAGGAGGUGCUUCUCCAAAAGUGGGUGGUGCUGAGGGGAAUGGAAAUAUCUAACAAAAAGGAGGAAAAUUUAAUACAUAAAAAUAUAACAGACGGUUUGCCCGGAAAGGACAAACCGGCAAAUCAUAAUAGUCAGAGUCUAAAGAAAGUUAUAAUUGAAACGUGUUUGGAAAUUGCGCCCGAGUGGCAAAAAAGGGAUGCCCUCUCGCUGAGAAGAAAUUAAAAGAAGCUACUAUUUAAGAGUUGAGUGCAGUGUGAAAGAAGUGGCACGACUAAAAAAAAAGGAAAGAAAAAAGUGGAUGAUUUAUUCAGUGGAUUGGUGCAGCAGAAGAAAAAGCAGCAUCUCGCGCAAGGAUGAGAGAUGCGAAACUGUAAAUCAAGUGGAACGGUGAAUAUGAAUGCCAAAGGAGUUAUCAUCGCCGCAACCACCCACCAGCAGCAGCAGCCAGGACAAGUAGUGUCCUCUGCGGAGCAAAAAGAGGCAGCUUGAAAAAAGAAAGAAGACAAAAAACCAAUUGCCACUACCUUAUAGGGGACUAGAUAACCCAAGGAGAACCAACCGGAAGGCGGCCCGGUGAAGAGGAAGAGAAGCCCGAGCUCUCCGCCUACAUCCUCCAACCAUUCCUUUGGAAACAGUGUUUUGCAGGAGGAGCGCACCAAGGACAGACCCAGCUUCAGGUGCCGCUCAGCAGCAAUGAUAACCCGGCGAGGACGAUGGACAGUUUUAAUACCGUUCGUAACGAUAGCGCUGCUGGUCCAGACAUGUCACUGCAACCUGCCGCCCAUUUUCACACAGGACAUGAACAACCUGGCCCUGUCCGAGUCAACGCCGGUCGGCAGCGUGGUCUACCGGCUGGAGGGCUUCGACCCGGAGGGCGGUAACGUCUCGUUCGGUCUGCUUGGAUCGGAGAACUUCCUGGUGGAUCCGAUCAGCGGCGACGUCAAGGUGAUAAAAGCGCUGGACCGUGAGACCCAGGACACACUGUCCUUCUCCGUCACCAUCAAAGACCGCGUCAGCUCCAGUGGAAUCGAUUCUGAAAACGACAACGUGGUUAACGUUCCCAUUACCAUCAUUGUUUUGGAUGAGAAUGACAAUCCGCCAGAGUUUCAGAAACUUCCCUACGAAACGGAGGUGCUGGAAAACGCCCUGCCCGGCACGACUGUGUUCAGCGCCAUCCUGGUGACGGACAAGGACACCGUCGGGGAAAACCUGGACGUAACUUGCAUCCCCCAGCCGCACAAUCCGGAUGCGUGUGAAAAGUUUUCCAUCGAGAUCACGGAGAGUGCCCAGGACCGGCUGACGGCGGCCGUGGUUCUCAAUGGUCGGUUGGACUACAACGAGCGAAUGAUCUACCAGAUUCUACUGGACGCCACCGAUGGGAUGUUCAACGCGACGGCGGGGCUGGAGAUUCACGUGAAGGAUGUACAGAACAGUCCGCCGGUUUUUCAGGGUUCACUGGCGGCGGUUAUCAACGAAGACAGCCCAAUCGGGACGCUGGUGAUGACGAUACACGCGAGAGACGGCGACCGUGGUCAGCCACGGAAGAUUGUGUACGAGUUGAUAACGAAUCCCAUGGAUUAUUUCUUGCUGGAUCGACAAACCGGAGAGCUGCGCACGGCAAAGCCGCUCGACAAGGAGGCACUUCCAGACGAUACGGGGCUGAUCAUUCUGACGAUCAAAGCGCGUGAGUUGAUCGACGGAAUCCCCGGGAACGACAACCUUACGGUUGCCACGACUCAAGCUUCGAUCACUAUCCGAGACGUAAACGAUUCGCCGCCGAUGUUCAACAAGAAGGAAUACUUUGUGUCAAUGUCUGAGAAUACGGCCCCUGGAACGCCACUACCAAUCGAGAUGAGUGUGCACGAUCCGGACGUCGGGGAAAAUGCGGUGUUUUCGCUGCGACUCAACGAUGUUUCGGAAGUGUUUGAUGUGGAGCCGAAGUUGGUGACGGGGUCUUCGCAGAUAAGUAUUCGCGUUGCAAACGGAUCGUUGGAUUACGAGAAUCCAAACCAGCGGAAAUUUAUUGUUCUUGUGAUUGCGGAAGAAACCAAGACUAACCCAAAGCUGUCCUCGACGGCAACGUUGACCGUGUCUAUCACAGAUUCUAACGAUAAUCGGCCAGUGUUUGAACAGGAUUCCUACUCGACAACAGUUUUGGAAACUGCUCACGCUGGACACUUGAUUACGACUAUAAUCGCGAAAGAUCUCGAUUCAGGUCAUUUUGGAGAUCAGGGCAUUCGAUACUCGCUGUCCGGUACCGGAGCUGAGUUAUUCGACGUUGAUCCAAUCACCGGUGCUAUUACGGUAGCAGACUGUCCAGCCUCGCACAACGGUCAUCGUCGACGGAGACAGAUUCCAACAGCCGACGAGCUUACACGAGACUAUACAGAUAUCAAAGAGGCCCGUCGAAAGGCUUCGCUGGAACACGAGAUGGGCUACAUGACCUAUAAGGUUUACAACAGUGGGGAAUCCGAAGACGUCAGCGUGGACGCUCCUCCGACGGUUUCCAGCUGGGAAAUGUCAAGCUAUGAGGAGGAGGAAACCACCACUCAUUGGAACGGUGAAUCGUCCGAGGAGUUCAUCACCCCAUCAAGCACCCACAGUCCAGCCGUGCAUCUGAAUGAAAUUCAAACCUCAAACCCGGAAGCGGGUCCCGGCCGGGCACCCUGCCUGGACUUUGAAAACCAAUCCGUGUACUACCUCUCUUACAAGGCCACCGAUGACGAGGGCCGCGGUCAAACCUCGGUAGUGUCUCUCCGGAUAACGCUACUCGAUGCCAACGAUUCGCCGCCGGUUUGUGAGAGUCCCCUGUACCGGGCGUCCGUAGACGAGGGGGCCACCGCAUUCGAGCCACCCCUCGUCAUCAAAGCCCGCGAUCCGGACGUCGUUUCGGAAAUUAAUUACCGAAUAAUUGGCAACGAGGCAAUUACGCGCCAUUUCGAAAUCGACAAACGAUCCGGCCAGCUGACCAUUUCCAAGAACACCGCCCUCGAUGUCAACCAUUUGAAGUCUGAAAAUGUAUUCUUUGCCGUGGAGGCAAGCGAUGGCCUUUACACGACGCUCUGCAAUGUCAACAUUACCAUCCGGGACGUGAACAACCAUGCGCCCCUGUUCUCCCGGGAGCACUAUCUGACGUCGAUUGAGGAGAAUUUCCCAAUUGGUACCAAAGUCGAAACCUUGCAGGCCAUCGAUUUGGAUACGGGAAUCAACGCAGAGAUAAGAUAUCGAGUACAGCAGGGCAGCUUUGAUGACUUUGCCAUCGACAAUCAGACGGGGGUGGUGACCAUCGCUCGCAAGUUGGACUAUGACCGGCGCAACACGUACCAGAUGGAGAUUGUGGCGUCCGAUAUGGGCACACCAAGUCUUUCAGGGACAACCACCCUGACGGUCAGCGUCAUCAACAGCAACGACAAGGCACCGUACUUUACACCGACGACGCAACGGGCUGAAAUUUCGGAAGACGCUCCGGUGGGCACGCUGGUGCACACGUUGGUCGCCCUGGAUCCGGAUGUGGCCUCGAGUGAGUCGCUGGACUAUGCGGCCACGGAACCAAUCACGGCCGUCGACAAGAACGGGAAAGAAGUUACCGACUCGGAAGACUUUAAGGACAUGUUUACGAUUGAUCGCACUGGAAAGGUGUUUGUCAAUCGGAUUUUGCAGCGGGAUGACUUUGCGGUCAUACGAAUCACGGUACUGGUAACGGACACUACGGCCCCCUCGGUGCAGCAGGGCGAGGGUCUCCUCAUCAUUACCAUCAUCGAUGUUAACGAGGAACCACCGCGCUUUGCUCCGCCGUGGACGCCGGCCGAGCCCCGUUACCGGUUCCAGGAGAUGGAGGAGGAACCGAUCGGAACAAUCCUGACGACGCUGCAAGCAACAGAUGCGGACUCGACUGUGGCCGAGUACCGGAUGACAGAUAACAGCUAUUUCGAGAUCAACAACACAACAGGCGUCGUCCGCAGCAAGGCCCGCAUCGACUACGAACAGGUCACGGAGGUGCGUUUCAACGUGACCGUCGUGGAUACCGGCAUCCCGCAGCUGUCUUCCACGGCCGAGAUCAUCGUAGAGGUCCUGAACGCCAACGACAACGAUCCGGCCUUCGAAGAGCCGCAGUACGAAAUGACCGUCCUGGAGAACGCCCCGUCCGGAACGGUGGUGGGAGCGGUGACGGCACGUGAUGCCGACGCCGGUCUGUUUGGCCAGGUCACGUACACCGUAGUCGGUGACCACAGCGGCAGUUUUGCCAUCGAUCCGGACACGGGCGUCAUUACCGUCCGGAACAGUUCGGCGCUGGACCGCGAGCAGGAGCCCGAAAUUGGACUAACGGCCAUCGCUGCCGACCGAGCCCCGGAACGGAUUCGCCGCUCAACGACGGCCCCGGUCACGAUCCGGGUGCUGGACGAGAACGACAACGCACCGAUUUUCUCGCAGAAGAUUUAUCACGCCACGGUGGCGGAAAAUGCGGCACUCAAUCCACCGGCAGCAAUCUUGCAGGUCAGCGCGGCAGAUCCAGACGAGGGCGCGGCCGGCGACGUGAAAUAUAGCAUCAUCCGCAGCGAUAUUGAAAACCAUUUUCGGCUCGAUGCCAACUCGGGAAUCCUGUAUCCCGGCUUGAGCCUGCUCGGACUGAACGGUCGGUACCAGAUCGAAAUCGAAGCCCGUGACGGGCUGGGCUCGGGUCCGCACACCGACACGGCAGUCAUUAUGAUCGAAAUACAAAGCAUCAAUCAACAUCGGCCCGUUUUCAUCAUGCCCGCGCUGUACAACGCCACCGUCGAGAUCCCGGAGAAUUUAGCAACGGCGGAUUACCUCGUGAUGACGGUAAAGGCCACGGACAACGACGACGGUACCAACGGAAAGGUCCUGUACCAUCUGCAGGUCAACAGCGCAAACGUGCAGGAAACGGACGAGUUCGUCAUCAACGAGAUGUCCGGCGAGCUGCGCAUCCGGAAACCGCUGGACCGCAAGCGGCAGCCGCGCUUCGAGCUGAUCCUGGUGGCCCGCGAUCAGGGCACUCCGACGGCGUUUGAGACGUUGCGCUUUUUGACGGUGCUGCUGGUGGACGUGAACGAAAACCAUCCGGAGUUCCCGGAUGCGUCGAAUCCGUACAAGUUCUUCAUUGCGGAGAACAGCCCGCAGGAUAUUCGGAUUGGGAAGAUUCAGGCGUUUUACGAUAGUCAUGUGCCGAAGAUUUACUACUACAUGAUGCUGGGGAACGAGGAUGGGGCGUUUUACGUGGACAAGAUCAGCGGGGAUAUUUACACGAACAAGUCGUUGGAUCGGGAGGAAACGGACGUGUACGCGUUGUACAUCCAAGCUAGUAAAAAGUCUGAUUUGGUGAUAACUGAGAGGGAUCGGAUGAUGAUGUCGAUCAAGAAGUUGGAACGGGAUAGCACGGUUGCGAAGGUGUGGAUUACGGUGCUUGAUGUGAAUGACAACCCUCCGGUUUUCCGGCAGGAGGUUUACUACGCGGGGAUAAGUUCGAAGGCAUCGAUCAACGAGCUGGUGACUAUCGUGAAUGCGACUGAUCGCGACUUGGGGGUGAACUCUACGAUGGAACUGUUCAUCAGCGGAUCGUUCCUGUACAAGUUCGGUGCUACAAAGACUACCGGAAGCAUUGUUCCGAGUCCGUUUACGAUCAACCAGGAGGGUCGCAUAACGACGGCGACUUACAUGGCCGAGUACAACCAGGACAGGUUCAUUCUGGACGUGAUUGCUAAGGAAGUUGAAUCUCCGGAGCGUGUGGCAACCGCCAAGGUUUACGUUUGGAUCUUCAACCCGGAACAACUGGUUCGAGUGAUACUGUCCAGGCCACCUUCGGAGGUGCACCUGGAUCGGGACGAAAUCAUUUCGGAACUGUCGAAUGCUACACAAAAGAUGAUUAUCGUUGAUGAAAUUAGAUAUCACGUAGAUAGCCUGGGCCGAAUUAGGAUGGACUGGUGUGACAUGUACUUCCAUGCAAUCGACAUGAACACUCAGAUGAUUGUACCGGUGGAGGAGAUUCUGCGAGAAAUUGAUGCCAAAUACGAUUUCCUACAGGAUUACAACGCCGGCUUUUCGAUCGAGAACGUGGUGCCGGCCUACGCAGCCAACGUGCAGGACGAGUUCGACCUGGCUCUGGCGGCGAUAAUCGCCCUGCUGAUAGUGCUGUUUGUGGGUGCCGUCAGCUUCAUUGUGCUGUGCUGCUGUCUCAAGCACUGGGUCAUUACGAUUCCGAACGAGACCAGACGGAAGGACGCACUGAUCAAAAAGCAGAUUAUCGAGGAUUUAAAUACUACCGAGAAUCCACUUUGGAUUGAGCAGAAACUCAAGCUGUACGAGGAGCAGGAACUGACGAUGCAAGUGUUUUCGGAGCCGGAGCUUACGCAACAGCAGCAGCAGCAGCAACACCAGCUCAACAGCUCGAACAAUACGUCCUCCUCGGGGAGUCCCCUGCAGCACCAGCAGGAACAGGCUCUGGUCCUCGGUUUGGACCGGAGGAACUCGUACGAGCUGUCGCAGGGCGGUGGGGACAAUACGUACGCCACCAUCCAGCCCCGGAAUUACGGCACUAAUCUGAGCACGGUGCUGGGCAGCGGGAUUGGUGGGGGCGGUGGUGGAGGAGGAGGUGGCGUGGGCGGCCUCGGACUGAGCGGAGAGAUGGCAGACUAUGCGACGCUGAGGGACACCAGGGCGCCGUCGAUGUACGAGUUCCGAGGGUCAACAUUCCAGGUGCAGCAGCUGAACGGAGUAGACCAGCCCGACUACGUGACGGAGUUGAUUUAAGCAAAGUUCAAUGUAUUUUGAUACAGAAGCAAGAGACAAAAACACAAGCAGCUAGUAGUAGAUAUCACUAGACUAUAGGAAUUGUGAGGAAGUUAAGUGAAGGAUUCUCACCGCAGCUAGAUUAUUGUGAAAAAAAGAAAGACAAUUUCAGAGGGUGAGAUUUUGUGGUGCAGUAGGAUGUAACUUUUAAGAAACUCGUUGCCAAUUCGGAAUCAUAAAAGGAAUCGAAACGGAAACUAGAAUGCUCAAUUUGUAACACUGUGUUAAAAUACUCAAAACAGAAGUGGCAGAUAAAAUACUUCAGAUGAACUUGUAAAAAGGUUUUUUAUGAGGCAAACAAAUCUUUGAUAGACAAUAAAUAGGAAAUAUCUCAUAAAAAUAAUAUUUACGAGAGGUAUUGAUUCAGCUUGUGAAAAAGAAAGAAAAAAAUGCACGUAAAUUUUGUGAAGCUUGAAUUCGGUUACAUUAUUAAUACUUUCUAUCAACGUACUGAUCAGCAACGAAUAUAUAAUUAAUUAUUUUUAAUUUGCUAAUUAUAUGAACAUGCUUCUAUUCAUGAUAUCAAUUGAUUCGCAUCUCUUAUCCAACAAAGAGUAUCAUUUAACAAUGGCAUGAAAGACCUGGAAAUGCUCAAUAAAUCACCAUCCAAUAAUUUUCACGAUAAUUCCCACAGAACCAAGUGGUUGCCAUUUAAUUUUUCGUGUUUUUGUUUUCUACCCCGAGUCCAGGCAACCACGACAGAGGGCUUGCUCAUUAUAAAUUAUCCACCACCAUAAAAUUUCCUUUCGAUAAAGUGAACACACGAGCGUCGAAUGGAUCGAUUCAAAUUAUUAAAAAACGAGCAUUGGAAAUUGAAAAAUGAAUCCACAACCACCCGUUUGUCACAGUGUAGAGGAAAGAGCCGUAAAAUGUAAAUAAUUAAAUUUAGCAAAUGAGUGAAGGUUAUUUAAAUUAUUAAAGAACGGUUACGUUUAAUGAGUGUGGACAGCAUUGAUGCAAGGGGAAAUUAUCUGAUUUAUCGGUGGAAAAGACCAACCAAACCAGCGGAUCGAUUGUGAAACAAAACAAAAAAGACAGCUUCGUUUACCGAUGUACAAAUUGAGAGGCAGAGAGUGAACUUGAGGAAAACUUGAGGCUGGUUUGAAAUAUCUUUUAGUUUUGAGGAGUAUGAGGAAAACACCGGAAAUAUUAUAAAACUGAGUAUGGAAUUCAAGAUGCGACGAGUUUUUCCAUCAGAGCUAGCCGUUUAGGAACGUAUGUCUUUUAAGCAAAUAUGGUUUCUGUAAAGUGUAAACAGAACGUUUUAAACAGAUUAGAAAACAAUAAAACAGUUUUUCUUAGCAAAAUGUUAAA